CGUUAUAUUUGCCAUCGUUAUUUAUUGCGGACGAUAUCGAAGCACGAGAAUGUUGACGACUCCAAAAAGAAAAGGUGGCCUAUUUUUAGCUUCAUCCCUUUGCGAUGGACUUGAGGACAAUAAUAUAAGGCAAGUGGCGACCCUUCUGUUAAAUAAAGAUGCAGAUCCCAAUGUCUUAAUUCCAACGCACGGAGUAACUCCAUUUCACUUAGUUAUCGGGAAUGAUUCAGAAGAAUUUGCAGAAGAAGUCACCAAGUUAUUUUUACGUCAUGGUGGCAAUCCCAAUGUGAGAUCAAAUGAUGGAAUGACUCCGGUUCACGUAGCAGCAGCUUGGGGAAGAAUAAAUAUAUUAAAGUUACUUUUAGCAAAUGGUGGUGAUCCAUUGUGUUUGGACAAUGAUGGACGCAGUCCAUUUCACUAUGCUUUUGACGGAAAAUAUUUCAAAGCUGUGACAUUGCUCUCAAAUCAUUGUGAGAACAUUCAAGAUGAGGAUGACAAGCCAAAGUAUAAUAUGGCGCUUGAUAAAGUUUUAAUUACUAAUGGGGACAUUAUUGCUGAAUAUGUUGCAUCGAAAGAUACAGUAUCAAAUUUAAAUAAUAUAACAAUGAAGAAUUUGUUUACUGAUUGUAAGUCCAACUCUUCCUCAAUGAUUGUAAACUUGAAUAAUGCAUCAGAUGUACAUAAUAUUAUUGAAACUGAAUGCAAACUAUCAAACAAUCCAGAUGAAUAUGCCUCUAGAACUACUAAUACAAUGACUGCUCAACUGCAAAAUAAUCUUGUACUGACUGAUAAGAAAGAAAUGUCAAACCAUUCAUUCAUUGAUCUCGAUUUUGACUUUGCAAAUCUACAUCUGUCUGAUGUCAUGCAAAAGGAAAAGUGUCUUGUUAGUCAAAUCAUUAAUCAUCUUUCAUCAUCAUUAGCAAGCGAUUGUACUAUUAACGAGACUUUGCAUAACUGCAAAAGAAACAAGCGCGAGGAAAGUGAUUUUGACAUGCCAUUUAAUUUAAAGAAGAAUGAAGGUGCACAUUAUAAACAUAAAUAUUACAAAAAUUCAAAGGAUUACCAAUAUAAACAGCAUAACACUUCUAAUGAAAACAUCUUAAAACUUAAUAUUCCUAAUGUGAAAGAACAAUAUUCAAAAUAUAGUGCACAAAAUGCUUCUAGAAAACAACAUAAAAAAAAUUCUAAUGAGAUUCCUGUGACACCAUCUUAUAUCUUGGAUAAUUCUAUUGUUAGUAUGUCACCGAACUUUAAUACACCUAAUCAUAGAAAAAGAAAAGAUAUUGCAAAGACACCGUUAACACCGUCAUAUAUUAACAAUGAUUCUAUUGUUAGUAAGUCGCCCAAUUUUACAACACCGGUUUGCACAACUAGGAGAAGAAAUCUAGCAAAGACAUCUCACGCCAAUGAUUAUUUUUCCGCAAAUAUUUUCAAGAAGUUUCGCAAAUGCACAACUCAAACGCAAUAUCCCGAGCUUAAUUGGCAGAAAAAACAUAUUGCACAAUCAACGCCAAGAAGGAAGAAAAGAUCGAUAUAUAAGUUGCAUUCUGGUAAAAAAAGAUUUAAUCCUUAUCGAUAUGAAAGCGAUGUCACUUCUGAUGAAUUUACUGCUGGUAAUAAAUUAAAACCAGUUGAUUUGAAUAAAACAAUAUUCUUCGAGGAAGCUGAAGAUAUUCGUUAUGAUAUCCUGGAUACAAGUAGUGAAUAUUCAUCAUUAAAUAUUAAAGAAUCUUCGAAAAUAAGAUUCUCGCAAAGUCAUUGUAACAAUCAUGUGGUAACAAAGUUAGAUGAGGGAAGAUAUGAUGAGGAUGGUAAAGUAUCUGAUAACAGUGAAUCAAAUCUUUUAAACAACAGUUUUAAUCAAAUGGAAAAGGAAAACAAAUCUGUUAACAAUUUUAAAAAAUAUGUGAAAUCUGAAAAUUAUCAAGUAAACACCGAACAGUUUGUAACAGUUAGAAAAAAUAUAUUUAAAAUUGAUAAGGCACCGGAAAUGACGAAUGCUUUCACCAAUAAUAUAAAAUCUACAUGUACAACUGAAUCUGAUAUGUUGGAUACAGAAAAUUUUAUAGAUUGUGUUGACUGUGAUACCAAGAAAUUAUUAAAUGAAGAUCUAGAUAUGAAUAUAAGUAAGACUUGUAAUUUACAUGCUAAAAAUUGGUUCAAUAAUGAAUUUCACAAGUCAUAUAAAUUAAUUAUAGAGAAUAAUUCACUGUCAAUUGUAAACUUACCUGUACAAUGUAAAAAACAGAUUUAUUUAUUGGACUCUGAAAAAUCAUCUUCCUCGAGAUUAGAGAAUAACACUGAUUUCAAGAAGAUGGAGAAUAUGCCAAAAGUCAAAGGCUUAGAUAUGUAUAAAAUCGAAAAAAACUCGUCUGUGCUUUCAUAUGUUAGUACUCAAGAAUAUAAAUAUGAAGAUCCAGAAGAAGGUGUAAUUUUAUUAGAACGGCGACUUUGUAUCACACCAUAUAGUACUUUAAGCGAAAGUGAAUGUGACGUCAAGAGCAAAUUGAUUAUGUCUGGUGCAUCCAGUUCUCAAAAUUUACCAGUUGAGCUAUUAGUCAUUGAUGAUGCUACUCUUAUACGAGAGCUUAGACAACUUGGUGAUCAACCUGGUCCAAUCACUGAUACAACUAGACAGCUUUACCAAAGACGUCUUAUGCGUUUAAGAAACGUUAGAGAUGCUAAUAUUCCAUCGAUCUCAAAUGUCCGAAACAUCUCACAAAAUCACGCAGAACUGAGUGACCGAAUCAAGUCUUAUUUAGAGUUUGGAAAUUGGAUAAAUCAUGUGAAUACGUACAAAAGUCUGGAAAAACAUGUAUUCCAAGAAUUUGUAUCUCCAGAUCCAUCUCGGAGGUGGCGCGAAGGCAGAUCAAAAACGUCUUUCAAUUAUUUGCUAUUAGAUCCGCGUAUAACGCAGGAUCUACCGAAUCGUAGUAUUCAUCUUGCAGAAGCUGAAGUUUGGUCGAUCUUUCUUAACGCUAUAUUUUACAUUGGCAAAGGCAAACGUUCCAGACCUUUCGAUCAUCUUUACGAUGCAUUUAAAACAUGGGUUGGCAGUUCAACUAUUACAAAUAAAAAAAUUAAAUGCAUUCUCGAUAUAUGGAACAGUGAUCAUGGUGUGGUCUGUUUACAUGUUUUUCAAAAUGUUAUCCCGGUGGAAGCUUAUACAAGAGAAGCUGCUAUGAUAGAUGCAAUAGGAAUGGAACAUUUAGAUAAUUGCAAGAGCGGCGAGUACUACGGCGUCGCGGCAACAUGGAGCAUGCAACAAAAACAGAAAUUUGGUAGAUAUUUAUUGUACAAAGCUUUGCAAAUUUUUAUGCAAGAGGGAGAAAGCCAACUUUUUCCCCAGCAUUUAUAAGGAAAUAACGAGAUAUGUGUAACAAGUUAGUCAAAUUUUAAUAUCUUGUCACAUUUUAUCCAUGGCAGUGAUAUAAAUAUGGUAGCAAACUCUAUUACAUACGAAUAUUGAUAUACAGGUAAUAAAAUUAUUAUUAUUAUUGCUUCUGUCAAUUAAUUAUGUUUUCAAAUAAUAUCAGAUAUGCAAUUUAUAAAACAAAUAUAUAAAUAUAUGUAAAAUAAUUUUAUUAAAAUGAAAAGUGUGUUUGUCACAAGAGCUCUAAGUUGACGUACAUAUUAAGAUUAUAAUAUAUUGUAAUAUAAUAAUAAUUGAUAAUAUAAUAAUAAUUUAUAAGCACACACAUCUUUAUUUAUUUCUAUUUUGUAUCUCUUUUUUGUAAGAAAAAUUGUAUGAUGUUAUA